AUGGCGAUUCGAUUGUCGCGUGUGAUCAGCUCUAAGCAAUCCCAAAAACAGCAAUCUCGUGUCCCAAAAGGACAUGUUGCGGUCUAUGUUGGAGAAGAGAUGGAGAACAAGAAGAGAUUCGUGGUUCCCAUUUCGUAUUUGAACCAUCCUUCAUUUCAAGGUUUGCUUAGUCGAGCAGAGGAAGAGUUUGGUUUCAAUCACCCAAUUGGUGGAUUAACGAUUCCUUGCAGAGAAGAAACAUUCGUGGGUCUUUUGAAUUCUUAUGGUUGUAUUGUUUCAACUUGA